GAAAUUGUAAACCAGUCGAGACCGCCAAAGAAAUAAAGCUUUUACACACGCGGAAAAGUAACCAAGAAAAAGGGAAGAAUUACAUGACUUUUAUUUAUUAAAAAUACUCCAAAAUGGGCGAUAAACUUGAUAUGAGCCUAGAUGAUAUCAUCAAAUCCAGCAAAAAGCCUGGCGGACGCGGUGGUAGAGGUGGACGUGGUUCUGGUGGCAGGGGCGGUCGUGGCCGGCAAAACAGAGGUGGUGGGGGGCGAGGUGUUUUUCGUGGAGGAGUACAGAAACGUCGUGGAGGCGGUGGAAACAGAUCUUUUGGCAGAUCACCAAAUAAGGGCAAUUCUGAGGAUGUAUGGCAACAUGACAUGUAUGAAGGUGGUGCUGGAGGAGGUAUAAAGCGAGGGAGACCGUCACCAGGUGGCGCUGGUAUUGUAACAGGCUCAGGAAAACUUCACAUCUCAAAUUUAGAUUUCGGUGUCAGUGAAUCCGACAUACAGGUAAUUUAUACGAUUAACAGUAUUUGAGACGGUAGCUUGUCC